GAACACCAGGUGGGCGGUGAUGUGAAGCUCACCACGCGCGACUUCACCGACAACUCGACCACCGGCUCGACGCGCGAGGUGAGCCUCUACUUUGACGGCGGCGACGUGGUCAUCGGCGGCGAUCUGCUGGUCCAGUCGGGCGACAGCCUCCUCGCGGACACCGGCGACGCGUCCAUUUCCACCGGCGAUAGUCUGCUCGAAUUGGUUCAGAAUGGGCGGGACCCCGCGGAGUAUGAAACGGGAUCCCUCGUCGUUGGCGGCUCGGUGACGGUCAAGUCCGGCUCGGUGAGCGGCCUGCGCAAUGAGAGCGGCCAAUACGGCUACAGGGCCGGCGAGGCCUGGAUCAACCUGGUCAAGGGCUUCUUGCUGGCCAACGGCUCGCAGUCGACCAUCACCGUGCAGAGCGGCAAUCCCGGACCCAGGAAGCUCAUGCAUGUCAAUGGCGUGUGGACCUGGCGCAGCACCUAUUACGGACAGAGCGGUGAGGAUGCCUACGUGCAGCUGGGCUUCGGCAGCCAGUUGGCCGCCACCAAGGACCUCAUCGUGCAGGCCGGUCACGGCGGCGACGCUGGCCUUGGCCAGACGGCUGGUCGGGGAGGCGGCUCUUCGCUCAAUAUCGGCUAUGGCGGCGACGUGUUGGUCGGCGGCAAUCUGCACAUCGUGGGGGGCAACGGCGGCAACAACUCCAUGAACGCUACGGCCUACGCUGGCGACGGAGGCCAAGCGCAGGUGAUGAUGAUAAGCGGAGGCAGCAUCAACGUGGCUGGCGACCUGCUCGUGGCCCCCGGUUCGGCCGGCCAAGCCGCGGUUGGUUCCAACGCCUACGCCGGCAGCUUCUAUCUCGGCACUGUCGUGAACAGCGUUCCCUGUCUCAAGAGGGGAUGCGCUCGCGACAACAAGAGGGGUUCCUCUUACUUCGCCGGCUCGGGUGACAUGAAUGUGCGCGUGGGCGGUGACCUCACCGUGGGCGCCGGUACGUUGUGCUGCUGCUACGCCGCCGCCGCCUCGUCGUCGUCGCCACGAACUAACUCAACUCCAACCCAACCACAACCAAUCACAGGCGGCAGUUGCCAGAGCACCUUGGAAUACCACAGCAACAAUGACUGGAACCCGAACAUGGGCGGUCUGGUGGUGGAGAACGUGUGGGAGGGCGAGAUCAUCAUCGGCGGCGACCUCCUCGUCACCGGUUGCAACGCCGGCAGCAGCGUUGGCGCCAGCGGCGGACAGAGCGCCGUCGUUUCUAUCGUUUCAGUGAGCGGCGGCGUGACGCUCGACGUCUACGGGUCGGUCGUGAUCGAGGGCGGCAACGGCGGUUCGGUCGUCGGCGGCGGUUCAAAUGGCGGUGACGCCGGGUCGGCCGUGUUCAAAAUCUAUGAGCACAGCCUCGUGAACGUCGGUGGCUCGGUGACCGUCACUGGCGGCGCUGGUGGCGACGUGGUCAAUGGCACCGGCAGCGGCGGCAGCGUCUACGAGGACUCCCAACUGGACCUGGGCAGCCGAGCGCACCUGGUGGUGGGCGACGGCAAGGGCGCCAUCACCAUCAUCGGCGGCCGCGGAGGCAACGUCUAUGCAGAGAACACUCCGAACUCGAUGGGCUAUGGCGGCUCGCCCAGUUCCGUCUACCUUAACCUCUACGACUCGUCUUCGGUCACGGCGGGCGACGUGCGCCUGGUGGGCUCGUCGAUGGGUAACGCCACGGUCAAUGGCAGCGCGCCUGUGCCGCCGCCACCGGCCCCCGCAGACCCGGCCCCCGCAGACCCGGCCCCCGCAGACCCGGCCCCCGCAGACCCGGCCCCCGCAGAUCCGGCACCCGCAGACCCGGCGCCAGCGGCAGCUGCGAGAAAGUCCGCGGCGCGGGAGAAGAGGGGAAAGGGAUUUACCAGCAACCCCGAACUGGAGCUACAAUCUCGGUCGUGGGUAAUCAUCAACGGCGACCUCGAGCUGCUUCCUGGUACCUGGCAACACACACGACAUACACAACCCGCACGGCACACACACGACACACACAGCACGAGUGACACUGUACAAUGUGUCAUUUCUACCUGA